AUGGAUCUUUAUGGUCCAGAUACGAUUGACACUAUUCCCAAUGGUACCAAAGCGAAUUCAGAAUUCUUGCCGGUAUCCAUUGAACCAGAUCAAGAUGAUCGUCUGUGCCUCGAUAACCUGGAUGUUUCCUCCAAGUUUUUUGAAUUCCAAACCCAUGUGCACAAUAGUACUGAUAAUAAUGGUAAAAUACUGACAGUAGAGAAUAGUGGGCAACAUCUCUUGGCGCUUUCAUCUAUCCCGUUGUUAAAGCCCAGCCUUGCUCAUGCAGAUCUCUUUCAGUUCGUUAAGAAUGAUGUGAGCGACCUCAUUGUCAUGCUGAAAAGACUCAGGGCGUGGGUGUAUCAAAGUCCAGCACCCUUAUUAAACUUGCGACUUACCAGAGAAGAAUAUGAUUUUAUCCAAGAUGCUUUAUAUGGAGAAUACAAGGCAACGAUUGGGAUCGUCAAAGACGAGUUGUUAGAGCAGCUUCUUGCUCUUAAGAGUGCAAACCUCUUUAUCUCGACAUAUUAA